UGAGAUCUGGGGGCGCCUCCUUGGCUGACGUCAGAGAGAGAGUUUAAAAAGGGGAGACAGUGGCGAGCUUGAUAGCGGCUGAAGGAGACGCUACCGAGAGCCGUCGCUGCUGCCUGCGGACCCGUGUUGAGACUGACCCACUGCGCUCCAGCUCGGCUGCCUGAGGCCAGGGAGAUGCUGUCCUGCCGUCUUCAGUGCGCGCUGGCCGCGCUCUGCAUCGUCCUGGCUUUGGGCGGUGUCACUGGUGCGCCCUCGGAUCCCAGACUCCGUCAGUUUCUGCAGAAGUCUCUGGCGGCUGCCACAGGAAAACAGGAACUGGCCAAGUACUUCUUGGCAGAGCUGCUGUCCGAGCCCAACCAGACGGAGAAUGAUGCCUUGGAGCCCGAGGAUUUGCCCCAGGCAGCUGAGCAGGAUGAAAUGAGGCUGGAGCUGCAGAGGUCUGCCAACUCGAACCCAGCGAUGGCACCCCGGGAACGCAAAGCUGGCUGCAAGAACUUCUUCUGGAAGACUUUCACAUCCUGUUAGCUUUAUUGUUGCUGUCUCAGCCAGACCUCUGAUCCCUCUUCUCC